ACCUGCCUAUUCUCUACGAAGUAGAGAAAGAAACGUGGCACUUAACAAACAUUGUGCACGCGAUCUGCAAGUCGCGUGACAAAAUAUUCCACGGUUAGCUAACUGAUCUAAUAUUCCACAUUUCAGCCUUAAUUUAUUCAAAUGCGCCGGUCAGCGUUUGCAUUUAUUUUCUAAAGUAUCAAAGUGGAAGUCGCCGAAUCAAUCCCAAUUAGGUGGAGGGGCGGGUUCAAUCGAAGCAAAUAAGUAACAGAGUGCAGAGGUCAAACUGCAUAGCCAUGGCAGCUACAAAAUUGCAAGCCCUGUGGAAUCACCCAGCUGGCCCCAAGACAAUUCAUUUCUGGGCCCCCACUUUCAAAUGGGGCAUUAGCCUGGCCAAUAUUGCUGAUUUUGCGAAACCACCAGAAAAGCUUUCUUAUCCUCAACAAAUAGCUGUGACAUGCACUGGGGUUAUCUGGUCACGCUACAGUUUGGUUAUUACACCGAAAAAUUGGAACUUGUUUAGUGUCAAUGUAGCAAUGGCAGGGACUGGCCUCUAUCAGCUUCAACGGAAAAUCUGGCAUGAUUACGGUUCUGAGACUAAAGAAGUUUCUGAAAAAUUAUAAAAAAGGACAUUAAUCCAGUUGCCGUAAACAAGCUUUUGCAUCUGACUGCAAUAUAACUGGCCAUGCUUCUAGAGACGCUGGACACUUAUUCCGAAUGCAAAUCAUUUUUUUUUUCCCAUCCCCACCAUAAAUGAAACAAGGCAGAUUUGAAUUGUGCUUUUAUUCUCAGAUUCAUUUCUUGUACUUCCUUGGCCAUGCUUGUGGGAUAAUGUUGAUGUUUCAUGUUUGUAUCAUGUUGUUAUGGUGAUUUUUGCUUAAGGAUGUUAAUGGGGUUGACUACACAGAAAUCAUGGACUAAUUGAAUCAAAAUGUUCUAAUAUGUGUUAAUUAUGAAGGUUGAUUUCCUCUUCCUUACAGGGGACGAAUGGGUUGCAUGGCAUGUAGAUGCACGUGGCAUUCACACACCAUUUCUGUCUGUAGGGCUGUGGUGCUAAUCAGAUCUAGAUAACCUAAGUGCAUCAUAUUGGGAUCCAAUUUGGUGAUUUUUGAAAAAGGAUUGAUGAUACCUAGAUCAUUGUCUUCUGAAGAAAUUCUGUUUUAUAAAUAGAAUUGUGUGCAGGAGUUCUGGUUCA